AUGGCUGCGUGCGUCAACAACUUGAUCGCCAAAGUUGCUGCUGGACAGCUAUGCAAGGCCUUUGGCAUUCGACUUUAUCCGAACCCCCAAGUAGUUCAACUCGCUAAAAAUGCCGGGUUCGAUUCGCUUUUCAUCGACCUAGAGCACUCGACAUUAUCCGUUGACGAUGCAAGCCAGUUAUGCUGUGCCGGGAUACUUGGGGGAAUUACGCCCUUCGUUCGAGUCCCAUACCAGUGCGGCAAUGGUUUGAUCCAGAGAGUUCUUGACGGGGGUGCGAUGGGGGUUAUUUUCCCGCAUAUACAUACGGCCCAGGACGCCAAAGCAGCCGUAACCAUAUCAAAAUACCCACCCCUGGGCACCCGGUCAAUGACAGGCCAACUGCCCGUCUUCUCGCUGAAACCAACACCACCGGACCAAGUCAUCAAAGAAAGCAACGCAUCCGCAUCAUCGGUCAUCCUAAUGAUAGAAACCAAGGAUGCCAUUGAGAGAAUCGAUGAAAUUGCCGCGGUCGAUGGCGUCGACGCACUCCUGAUCGGAUCAAACGACCUCGCCAUCGAAUUAGGUGUACAGGGUGGCUUUCAGACGGCUGUUUUCGGUUCCGCGUUGGAAGCGGUCAGUAAUGCGUGCCGGCGACAUGGGAAGAUCAUGGGUUUGGCGGGGAUAUAUGAUAAUUAUGAAAUUCAGAAUUGGGCGAUUAAUACGCUGAACGUUCGGUUCUUGCUGUGUCAGCAGGAUUCGGGGCUUAUUGCUGGUGGUGCUGCGAAGUGUAUUGCUGCAUUGCCCCGGGUUGAAAUGGUUAAUGGGGGCAGUGUUAGAUACAAACAAACCCUAAAAAAAAGAUAG